AUGUCUCCACUGAAGCUCCUUCUCAUUCUUCUUCUCACAGCAACUUUUAGUUCAGUUUCUAGUACCGAAUUUGUCUAUAACACAAACUUCAACUCCACAAACAUCAUUCUAUAUGGAAAUGCCUCUAUACAGACCUCCAUUCUGACUCUCACAAAUUCAAGUUUCUUUUCCAUGGGCCGCGCUUUCUACCCUCACAAAAUACCUACCAAAAAAGCCAACUCUUCCACUUUACUCCCCUUUGCAACCUCCUUCAUUUUCUCUAUUGCCCCCAUUGAAAACUUUAUCACUGGUAAUGGCUUUCUCUUCCUAUUCACACCAUCAAGCGGUGUAAAUGGUACGACUUCAGCCGAGUUUAUCGGUCUUUUCAAUCUUACCAAUGAUGGCAAUCCUCAGAACCAUGUUUUUGGAGUUGAAUUUGAUAUAGUUAGAAAUGAAGAAGAGUUCAAUGAUGUUAGCAAUAAUCAUCUUGGUGUUGACAUAAACUCGCUUCGCUUCUCAACUUCGCAUGAGGCUGGCGAAUGGGAAGGGAAAGGUGACAAAAAGUUUAAGGAAUUGGAGCUAAAAAAUGGAGAAAAUUAUCAGGUAUGGAUUGAAUAUAUGCACACCCAACUUAGCGUUACUAUGGCUCGGGCAGGACGAAAGAAGCCUAGCGUGCCUCUAAUCAGUAGUAACGUUAACCUUUCAGGGGUUCUUAUGGAUGAAACAUACGAUGGAUUCACUGCAGCAACAGGGAGGUUACUAGACAGCACUAGGAUUCUUGCUUGGAGUUUCAGUAAUUCAAUUUUUUCAAUAGGUGAUGCUUUGGUGACAAAAAAGUUGCCUUCAUUUGUCCAUCAAAAAAGGUGGUUUUCUGAAGGACGAGCUUUGGCUGUAGAAGAAGCUGAAGACUGGGAACUGGAGUAUUGGCCUCAUAGGAUUGAUUUCCAUGAUAUUGAUGCAGCAACAAGAGGGUUCUCUGAAGAGAAUGUGGUUGCUGUUGGAGGGAACGGGAAGGUGUAUAAAGGGGUUUUGCAUGGAGCAGAAGUUGAGGUGAAGAGAACCCCUCAAGAACGGGCAGAAGGGAUGAGAGAGUUUUUGGCUGAGGUCUCAAUCCUAGGCAGAAUGAAACACAGAAAUUUAGUAGGAUUGAGAGGUUGGUGCAAAAAAGAGAGGGGAAAUUUGAUAAUAGUUUAUGACUUCAUGAGCAAGGGAAGUUUAGACAAAAGGAUAUUUGAGUGUGAAGAGAGAUUGGUGCUAACAUGGGAAGAGAGGGUUCAAGUCUUGAAAAAUGUAGCCACAGGGAUUCUAUACCUGCAUGAAGGUUGGGAAGUUAAGGUCUUGCAUAGGGACAUUAAAGCAAGCAAUGUUCUUCUUGACAAGGACAUGAAUGCAAGACUGGGAGAUUUUGGAUUGGCUCGUAUGCAUGAUCAUCAUGGACAAGUUGCCAGCACAACAAGAGUAAUAGGGACCAUCGGAUACAUUGCUCCUGAAGUGAUUAGAACAGGAACAACAUCAACUAUGUCUGAUGUGUUUGGUUUUGGAAUAUUGGUGUUGGAAGUAAUUUGUGGGAGAAGAUCAAUUGAAGAGCAUAAACCAGGUCUCAUUGAUUGGUUGAGGUCCCUAAUGGUGCAAGGCCCAUUGCACAGUGCUGUUGAUGAAAGGUUGAAGACUAAAGGCGUAUACACCGUAGAGGAAGCUGAAAGAUUGCUUCAUUUGGGUUUGUUGUGUUCAAAUUCAGACCGUAGUAUUAGACCAACGAUGAGGCAGGUUGUGAAAAUGUUGGAGGGGGAAGUGGACGACACUGAUGAAGAAAACAUGGACAUGAGUUUGCUUGGAAAAGUAAAAUCAGCCGCAAUGUGGUCUAAAACUGAAGGUGCUUUUCCAUGCAGUGGUUACCCAACUUUUGAUGAAAUUAAGAUGUUCAGUUUUAAUUCUAGGACCUCUGGAAGUGGCUCAAGUACUUUUCCACAAUGA